GCGCUUUAUUAUGAAAUCCGCGCGGUCUUCUCCCGGAUGUUUUUCUUAGCGGUAAAACAUACGGGACUCAUCGUUCAUUGUUUUCAAAAUGAAGGAUGCCCGUUCAGAUCGACGUCCGCUGUAGUUUCGGCUGCGAAACACGCGACAGUUUAAUUCAGAAACAGCCGCCCCAGACCGUUGUGAGCAGACGUUAGCAAGGCGGCCGCCGCGAGCGCGCGCGCGUUAGCAAACAUGCCUCUUGGUUUAAAACCAUGCUGCGCUGUCUGCAAGACGAACUCUUCUUCUAUGUGGAAAAAAGGGAACCAGGGGGAAAUUUUGUGCAAUAACUGCACGGGUAAAAGCAUGAGCAGCGGGAGCUCCGGGGCGUCCGCUUCAUCCGCCAUCCAGCAGAAUAACGGCGGAGGAAAACAGUCCAAGCAGGAGAUCCACAGACGCUCGGCUCGGUUACGGAGCACCAAAUACAAAGCUCCGGCGUCUGAGAAGAAAGUGUCCACCAAAGGAAAGGGCAGACGGCACAUUUUCAAACUGAAAAACCCUAUCAAAGCACCAGAGUCCGUGUCAACGAUCAUCACGUCAGAGUCCAUGUUCUACAAGGGCGUCUAUUAUCAAAUAGGAGAUGUCAUUAAAGUAAUAGAUGAGGACGACGGUAAGCCGUAUUAUGCGCAGAUCCGUGGUUUCGUCCAGGACCAGUACUGUGAGAAAAGCGCGGCGUUAACGUGGCUGAUCCCGACUCAGGCCAGCCCUCGAGAUCGGUUCGAUCCCGGCACGUACAUCGUUGGCCCCGAGGAGGACUUGCCGAGGAAAAUGGAGUACCUGGAGUUCGUGUGUCACGCCCCGUCGGAGUACUUCAAAUCAAGAAGCUGCCCUUUCCCCACGUUACCGGUCCGUCCGGAGAAGGGCUACGUCUGGACUCAUAUAGGACCGACGCCUGCUGUGGCCAUCAAAGAAACCGUAGGGUGACGCCAAACCCUCAGGAUCGGACUGAACCGAACGCUUUUUUAUUUACGUGACUUUCCGUAUCGUUUCAAACACAGGCGUGUCGCGCUCCGUCCUUCCCCGGGUGAGUCUUCUGAGCUCUCGCUGCUGCUGGAGAAGGCGGCGGCGUUCAGAAGAUUCAGAUUUCAGCCGAAAAGCGGACGCGAGCAGAAAUGCCACCCUGGACCACGAAACCAGGGCGAUUUGGGAAUGAUCGUACAUCAUCUGAAUGAAAGGAAAACACUUUAAUGUCUGCUGUGUCAGGACAGGACUGUAAAGGGUGAUUAAAAAGAUGGAAGCCGGGGGUGGAAGAAAAAAAAAAAAAGCAAAUAUUGAGAAAAUCAGAUUUUAACGUUCACAUGCGUGUUACUGAUCAAAACAUUUACUGAAUAUCUUCACGGAACGCGGCGUUUAAUUUUUGGCAUGAAAUAAAAAUAUUUUGACCCACA